GGGGGGAGCAACGAGAUUCCUUUACCCUCAAAGAUCACACAUUUCACGGUUGGAAACAUGACCUACAACGCAGUGAAGCCACCAGAUGCUCUCACUGGAGAAGCAUCAUCUUCUAUUGCACCUGCAUCAGCUGCGGUCGACUACACAAGUGCUCUCGAACGUGCAAAAGCGAUUGCGGCACGUCUGACAGCUGCUGCUGCAAAAGGCGGCGAUACCAGUAGUGGUGAUGCAAGCGGUCAAGGUGUAAAGCGUAGUCACUCAGAGGUGGAUGACUACCGUCCACCUUCUUCAGGAUAUAGAAAAGAAGAUUACCGACGAGACGACUUCUCGUCGGAGCGGGACAACAAGAGGCACGCUUCGGACUCUGAUCGCUAUGACCGUGACGACCGGGAUCAGUAUGACUAUGGGAGUCGAGACGGUGGAUCGGGAGGACGACAACGCUACGGCCUUGGUCACUCUGAAGGAACCACAUCGCAUUACGGUCCUUCUUCAAGCGCGUCGUUGAAAACCACCGAAGAAAUAGCGGUGCCAAAUCAAUACGUUGGUCUCGUCAUCGGUCGUGCUGGGGAGAACAUGAAGAGGAUUGAACGAACCUGCAAUGUCAAGGUCCAGUUUGCUCCAGCGGGAUCUGAGCCUGAAAGGCGAACCACUAUAACUGGCAAUCCGGAAGAUGUCCAGCAAGCCAAGAGCAUGAUCCUAGAGCAAAUUAAUCAAGGCUCUGGACCACGGGGGCCUCCCUCCUCUAUGCCCUCGUACGGAGGGAACAGCAGCACCAAUACGGAAACAAUGAGCAUCCCUGCCCACAAAGUUGGUCUCGUCAUUGGUCGCGGAGGGGAAACGAUUCACUCUCUGCAGGAUCGCAGCGGUGCAAGGAUCGCAGUUAUGCCUGACUCUCAGAGCGAUCAGCCCUCCAAUCUUCGACAAAUCAAUCUAUCUGGAUCGCCAGAAGCCAUUGAUAUGGCCCGAGCUCUUAUUGACGACUUAGUAAAUGCUCCGUCCAGGCCCGGAGGUCCUGGAGGUAUGUCGCAGCCCUAUGGCAACCAAUAUGGCCAUGGUGGGAGCUCUGAAACUAUUAAAGUUCACACUGAAAAGGUCGGGCUGAUUAUUGGACGCGGAGGCGAAGUAGUCAAGAACAUCCAAGCAACGUGUAAUGUCCGCAUCCAAAUUGAACAGCAAGCCGACCCCGAGGGGAACCGAGACGUCACUAUAUCAGGCCCUCAGGAGAAUAUCGAUCGUGCCAAAGAAAUGGUCAUGGACCGCGUUCAAGGACGCAGGGACAGUAACCCUCAGUACGGCUACAAUCAGCAAGGUUACAAUGGCUACGGUAACUACGGCAAUUACGCGUCAGGAGACAACACUAAUGCUUGGGGAGCUGCUCAAGGUGGUGACGCGACUGGCGGUUAUGCUGCUGGGACUGCAGGGUAUGACCAGAGUGGGGCUGCAGGUUACGCAGGGUGGGAUCAGAGCGCUUAUGGACAAGGGUAUGAAGGGCAGCAAUACGACCAGGAAGCUUGGAAUGCUUAUUAUCAGCAGUAUUAUCAGCAGUAUCCGGGUUACGGUACUGAAGGGUAUACUGGGGCAGAAGCCAGUGGUGCUGAUGUUGCCCCUCCUGGAUCACAGGGCGCUGGCGCGCCCGGUGUGCCGGGCACUGGUGCACCUGGCGCGGACGGAGCCGAUGCGGGUGGAGCGAACACAAGGCAGGAAUCAGCUUAACUGCAUGAUGUGGGGUGGUGGGCUGUAACUGGCUUUCGUAUAAUAUCAUUUCUUGAUGAAUUUGUCUGGGACCCAAA